UCUAUAAUUUGACGUACGGAGACCAGAACUUCUUUCUAUUUCCUGCCUCCUAAAUCUUUUCUUUCACAGGACUCCCCCUUUUUCAUCCAAGCAAGACAAGUUCACCUUUUUAGCUUCUUUGAUUCCCAAGAAUCCAACUUUCUGUCUAUUUUUAAAAAGAUUUGCUUGGCAAAACAAGAUGGAUGUAAAGAAAAGGAAAGCAACAGUGCCAUGGAUUAUGAUGAUGAUGUUCAUUCUUCUAUUUUCUGGAAAUUUUUCAGGGUGUUCCCAAGCUGCCAGUCAGCGACCCAACAAGAAAAAGUCAACCCAUCCCAAGGCAGCUAGUGGGUUUGGUUCAUCUGUUCUUUUUCCUGUCACUGGGAAUGUUUAUCCUCUUGGAUACUACUCUAUAUGGCUUGCCAUAGGCCAACCGCCUAAGGUUUUUGAGUUUGAUAUUGAUACAGGCAGUGACAUCACUUGGGUCCAAUGUGAUGCACCUUGCACCGGUUGCACCAAGCCCGUCGAUCAACUUUACAAGCCCGACAAAAACAUUCUUGUGCCCUGUAAUCAUCCAUCCUGUGGUGCUGUUCACUUUCCUGAAAGUCCUCGAUGUGAGAAACCGGAUGACCAAUGUGACUUCGAGGUCGACUAUGUCGAUCAUGGUUCAGUUAUGGGUGUGGUGGUCAAUGACUUCUUUUCCCUUAGACUUAUGAAUGGCUCUCUUAUUCGUCCCCUUCUGACUUUUGGAUGUGCUUAUAAUCUGCAAAACCCUGGUCCAUACCCUCCUCCUUCAACAGCUGGAGUCGUCGGGCUUGGCAAUGGCAAAGCAAGCAUCUUGUCACAGCUGCAAAGCUUUGGUCUCACAAGAAAUGUAUUGGGCCAUUGUUUAAGUGGGAAAGGUGGAGGAUUUUUGUUCCUAGGAGAUGAUCUUGUCCCUUCAGGAAUUGCUUGGUUGCCAGUGUCAGCCGAAUCUAAACAUUAUUUGUCGAGUCCAGCAGAACUCCUUUUCGGUGGAAAGCCUACUGGUAUAAAGGACCUUAAAGUAGUAUUUGACAGUGGGAGUUCCUACACUUACUUCUGCUCCCGAGUUUAUAAAGCUCUACUUGAUCUGGUAAGCCGAGGCUUAAACAGGAAGCCAUUGAAUUCGGUGCAAGAUAAAGCUCUCCCAGUCUGCUGGAAAGGCAAGAAACCUUUCAAAUCAGUUCAUGAUGUCAGGAACUAUUUCAGCAGCUUGACACUGAGCUUUACAAACACCGGGAAUAUUCAGCUACAAUUACAGCCUGAAGCAUAUCUUAUUGUCACGGAACAUGGAAAUGCAUGCUUAGGAAUCUUGAAUGGCACAGAAGCAGGAUUGGAAGACUCAAACAUAAUUGGAGACAUCUCAUUGCUAGACAAAAUGGUGAUUUAUGACAAUGAGAAGCAGCAGAUUGGCUGGGCAUCUGCAAAUUGUGACAGGCUUCCCAAUUGGGACAGCAAUUAUGAUGAACAUUUUAGACCAUAUGCAGCCAAUUUUGGUAUCCUUGAAGAGAAUUAUCCUGCAAAACAAGCUUCCAGCAAGAGCAACAUUCGGGUUCGCGACAGAGAGCUCUGAAACAGAAAGAAGAAAAAGAUAUUAGUAAAAGAUACGUCAAAACGAUUUCAUAACAUCUAUAGGUCAAAACGAUUUCAUAAUAUCAUAUGCAGCAAACACAUACUUUUGUUUGGUAGUAAAGGUACAUUAGAACUAUUCUCUAUUUUUGUAACCUAUAAGGUAUAAAAUGUAAAUGGGUAUUAUCCCAAAUACAAAAGGUAAUACUAACUUUUGUCGCAGAAGAAAUUCACAUAUAUCGCUAGAAACCUUGAUAUACUCUGGAAUUUCUAAUGCAAGUUAGAUAAACGAAUUUCCAGUAUGGAAAAGGUGCACCUCC